AUGAGGAGAAGCCUUUAUUCGACAAAUUGAAACAUCCCGUUUCAAACACUCCUUAACAGACAAAUAUACACCAGAGAAGGGAAAGCACACCAUGAGACGCAGGCCUGCCGCCCCCUCCCAGAGUGUUUACGAGGAUUUCGAGCCCGAAUGCAAAUGGCACAAUGAGGAAGGGCGCGAUGUCAUCGAGCUCGAUGUCCACGGUUUCGAGAAGCGGCAACUCCGGGUCCAGGUCAGCAGCACCGGGGACGUGACUGUCUCCGGCGAACGUCCCCUCGACGACCAGAGAUGGAUCCAGUUUCGCAAAGUGUUCAAGUUCCCGAAGGAGUACAAGCUCGAGGAAACCCGCGCCAAGCUGGCCGGGAACGUCCUCCACGUCAUAGUGCCCGUGCCCAAGGAGAUGCGUCCCCAGGCCGCCGAUGUCGCACAGGAAACACCACAAACAGGCGGCGGGCUGGAACGAAGAGGCAGUGGGAAGCCGCCGCCGCCACCGCCGCCACCGCUGCCGCUGCCACCGGUCGGGGUGCUGCCAACGGUCGGGGUGGACGAGGGCAUGCUAUGGUUACGGGCGUCAUCCUGGAGCGUGGGAAUCAACAAGAAGAGGGCUCUGCUGGCUCUGGCGGUGGUGGCUGUGCUGGCAGGGAUUGGAGUUGGUGGGUUCUUGAUUUGGAGGAGAUAUCUGAUUUCAUGAUGCAAUUUAUACUCGUAGCCGGGAAUGCAGAGAUGAAAAGACUCCUUGCAUUGAUGUCACUUCAUUUUUAAUAAAAUUUAAAAUGGUUACAAAGCAAAAAGGAUUACUUUCAAGAGAAGAGGAUUACGUGACAAAUUAACACGAAUCGCAUAUUCGCUUGGCUAUCAAAGAUUCGAGGUUCUUGUUC